GACUCAGAAUUAGGGAAGCUAGUUUCCCACUGACCUUGGGGACAGCUGUCAGCGUGGGAGACCGGACUUGGGCCUCAGGAAACGCCUGCCAGGUUGGAUGGGGGGGAUGCUGUGGCCUCUCCCCACCCCGCCCCCUAGCCACCUUCCUCACAAUGGGCUUCAUUGCUGAGGUGGGAGGGGCAUCCUAGGAAGGGUCCCACUGGUGGCCUGCCUGUCAGACAGCCUCAGGGAACCUGCCCUUUCAAGCAUGAACCAGACCAUCCGGGCUCCCUCACUCCCAGUGUGCUCUUAGCUCUGCCUGCCUGGCUUAGGGUCCUGGAGGCCAUCUUGGAGCUCAUCCAGCAACCAUCAUGCAAGGUGGUGCUGGGGGCUGCCCUCUUACUCGGAGGUGGAGGCCUCAUGCUGUGGAUGCAGAGGAAGAAGAGACGGAAGACAUUCCUUGUGCCCUCACAGGAGGAGCAGGAGCCACCAGAAGGUCACAGAGCAAAGAAUGAGAACUGGAUUAAAUCGCACUUUAGCCGCCUUUCUGAGGAGAAGCUGGCCUCCUGCAGCAGCAGCACCACGCCUCCCCCUGAGAGCGGCGGGAAGGCCAGCACCACGGUGCACGUGGAGACCGUCACCACCAGGCAAGGCGAGGUGGGCACAGCCGUGCACCGGGAGGCCUUCACCACCAAGCAGAGGUUGUCUGGCUCCUCGGUGACCAAAGAGACCCACAGGGAGUCAGGAAAAUCCUCGUCCACGGACGCGGCCACGUGGGCCGCUGUGGCUGCCUGCACCAAGGAGAUUGACAGCCUGGGACAGCAGCUGGCUAACUCCAUGUUGCAGCGCGCCAUGACGUACCAGAACUCAGGCCACCUGGAGUCCAAAGACAUCAACCAGGAGGAGCUGAAGGCCCUUGAGGAGGUGGAGUUGAAGCUGAAGGGGAACUUCCUCAUGCAGCGAGACACCGCGGUAGCUGGCCUGAACCACACGCACACCUUCCACGGCCAUGGUCCCCACGGCCACCAGGGUUAUCAGAGCCACCAGAGCCACAGUCUGCCCAACCGUAGCCAGCAGACCUACCACCCCUUUGAAGCCACCUAACCACAGAUGGAGAUCCCCUUCCCCCGACAGGGCUGGCACACGACUGCAGGCCUAUUUUCUCUCCUGCAGGGCACCCUGUGUGGCCCAGGGUGAGAGGCUGCCACCCGAACCCCUUCCUCCUCAGCCCCCCACAGAGCUCCUGGGCCCCUUCGAGUCUCUGAGGGUCUGCUGCAGAGAAUGGCUCCUGAUGGAGGGGAAGAUGGAAGGAAGGGAAGCAGCUGAGACACACUCAGCGGGCCCCUGAAGACCCACCGAGAGAAGAUGGGCGAGGCAGAUCCCAGGAGAAGCUGAGAGCCCCAGACCGGCGCCAGAUGCCUGGAACUGAGCCAAUAAAGCCUUGUAU